AUGCACGUUGAAAACCUGUCUUCUUCAAAAUCCGAUGACAUGGAGAGCAUUCCAUUUUCAAGAUCACCAUCAUCAAACUCAACUGGAACAACCUCAAAAUCGUCGACAGACAACAAAUUCUAUACAUUGAUUAUAAUAGGGUUAAGAGGAGUUGGAAAAUCAAGUUUAGCUUUAAUGGCGCUGGCCGCUUUAAAGUAUAAGUACGUGGAUGUUGAAAAAUGUGUCCUGGAAUAUACUGGUAUGCCUGAGGCCCGAUUUCUUGAAACGGUGACUGUAGAAGAAUACAGAGAAUUACAAUUUAAGUUAGUUUUGAGUGCCUUGAAAGAACAUGAAAACAGUAAUCUGAUAGUUGUGUUACCUUCCACAGUUAUUGACUCCCAUUUGUUAAUGAACUAUUUAGCACAUAAGGAAUACCCAUAUAUUAUAAAUGUUGAAACGGAAGAGUCACGUAUUUUGAAUUAUCUUAAUUUCAAUGGAUCUUAUGAUAAAGGGGUCAAAUUAAUUCAGCUGAAAUUUUUAAAGUAUAGAGCGAUUGCCAAAUAUAAUUUUUUUAAUUUGAAUUCAGAUUUGCUGUUUAUAAAGGAAAAUUUAAUUUCAAUUGGUAGUAAUAAUACUUAUUCCAAUAAUGAUAGUAAUAGUUAUCUUCUUUUAAAACCCAUUGAAAAAGAGUUCAUAAGAUUUUUAAACUUCAUACUUAAAGGAUCAUACUCUGCGGCAACAAUUUCUGGAAAUUUGCAUUUGAAAAUGAACUUCCUAGAAAGGUUUACUAGUUGCUUGCAAAUCAGCUUUCCAAAUAGCAUAAAUGAAGGAUUUUUAGAUAGCCUACACGAAACGAUUUAUGGCUCAGACGCAAUUGAGAUUCAGUUCGAUUUGAUUCAAGUUAUUAAACUAAACAUAUCUGCAUCGAACGUGAAGAUAGAUGAAUUUGUCGCACAAGUAAGGCGUUAUACUUAUUGUUCCAUUCCAAUAAUAUUGAGCAUAUCCAAUAGUUUAUCUCAAUUGAACUUAUUCAUUGAUGAGUAUUCCAUUUCGUCUGGUAACGACUAUGAUCAAAUCAGAGGGGACUUGAGAAGUUUUUAUUUCAACAUUUUGUACUCAGGAAUUAAAACCGGAUUAGACUAUCUUAUAGUAGAUUUGUCGAUGUGCUUCAAUGAUAAAGAUAAUUUUAUAUCCAAUGAAUCCAAAUUUGAAGACAUAAUUUCAAUCUUGAAGGAAUUGGUAAUUAUUAGUGGCCAAACAGAAAUAAUUGGAUCAUUUUCUUCUGAUGAUCCAAAUUUUUGGAUAUCACAGUAUGGAGCAAUUAAAGUUGUCGAAUUAGCCAAAACUAUAGGAAUUAAAUUUUUAAGGCUCACUUCGCCUGCAAAUGAACUAUCUGAUAAUUUUAAGGUUAUGUUUUUUAAACAGAAUUUGAGAUUAAUGUAUCCAAACUUGGAUAUGGAGGUUAUUGCUUUUAACACAGGGAAACUAGGAAAACUUUCUAAGCUUAUGAACAAGACUUUAACUCCUGUUUCAAUCAAGAAGGGGCUAAUUACAUCAUCUGAUCUAGAAUCAGACGGAGGUUCAAGUUUGUCAUCAUUUGAUAUACAGAGAGCAUUAAAUUCGUCCUUUAUUACUCCAUCUUUAGACUUUUAUGUUAUGGGUAUAAAUGUGACGAAAUCUUUAUCUCCCGAAAUGCAUAACUCUGCUUAUAGGGCACUUGGAUUGCCCCAUUGUUUCAAGAUAUUUGAAUGUUCUUCAUUGAUACCUAACUUGACAAAUUUAGUCAACUCUCCCACGUUUGGAGGAACUGCUAUUAUCAUGCCUUUCAAGAUGGAAGCCUUAAAGUAUGUUGAUACAAUGUCAAACCAUGUCAAAAUAAUAGGCGCAUUAAACACAAUUAUUGCUGAAAGGUCGAUUGAAAAUCCGAACAAGAUAAUAAAUAUCAGAGGCGAAAAUACUGACUGGUUGGGUGUGAAAUUAACAUUACAGGAUAAUAUCUCGCCAAUCAAUGCUAUUAGCAAAAAUAAAACGGCACUUGUAAUUGGAGCAGGUGGUAUGAGUAGAGCAGCAAUUUAUGCGCUAAUACAAUUAGGAUAUCAAAAGAUUCUUCUUUAUAAUCGGACUUAUGAAAAAGCCCAGCUGCUUGCAAACUACUAUAACAGUUUAUCUCCUAUUCGUUCAUCUAUAGCUUUAUCUAUAGGGGAAACUAGUUCCAAUGAUGAUUUAAAUUAUUUUGAAAUUAAUUUAUUGAAUGAUGAUGAAUAUUUGAAUGCAAAAAUUCCAGACAAUUUUGAUUACCCAUCUGUUGUUAUUUCAUGCGUUCCGAGCUCAGAUCCUCUCACAGGCAAGCUAACCAAUUUUGAAUUGUCGCUGGAAUGGUUUAAAAGCCCAUCUGGUGGGGUUGUAUUAGAAACAGGUUACGAUCCAUUAGUAACGCCUCUUUUGAAGAACACUAGUCAAUUCAGUAGCAAGGGAUGGGUUGGGAUAAACGGAUUGAAUUAUCUUUAUGCUCAGGUAUUGGCCCAAUUUGAGAUGUUUACAAACAAACCUGCUCCAAAAGCACUAUUGAAAGAUGUUGUUAUAAAGCAUUAUCAAAUGAAAAAGUGCGAGAGCUGA